AAUGUGACGGCGUCUCUUACGUCAGCACUUCUUAUACUGCAGCAGUAGAAUUUGGACUUCCAGUGAACCUUAACAUGUUCAGGAUUCACUGCCUUUUAAUUUGCCCUUUCGUUUUCCAUGCCUGUGGUGAAGUGGUUCGCUUCCUCUCGCCCGGGGACAAUGUUUCACUGCCCUGUGAUUGUUCUGAAAAGCUGGCUUGUCAAUUAAAGCACCUCCGCUGGAUCCGGUUUACAGCGAACCGAUUGAUGGAAAUUAUUAAUACUGGCGAUAAAACAAAUAACUCCCGGUUCUGCGUAAGAGACAAUGUCAUGGAAAUAAGUGAGAUGAACUCGCAGGAUUCUGGUCGUUAUUACUGUGUAGAGCACAGCUAUAGCUACCUGAGCUUUCUGGAUAACGGGACCGUCCUGCAAGUCGGGGACGUUUGGACCAACGAAAGUAAGUUAUUGGUUAUGAAGGAUAAAUCCGGAAAUCGGACCGAAAAAGGGAGCAGGUUACAGUGUGUAGCGACCGGCCUGGUUUCCCCCUGGGUCAACGUCACCUGGCAUUUCUCUGGGAUGCAUGGAGAAGGCACCGUCUUAGGCCAGACGCGGUCAUUCAUGGAACCUUCUGGAAAAUACUGUGUCAUUAGUGAACGAAUCCCACCACCCUGGCUUGUGGAGCUGCUCAGUGAAGAUGGUGCCGCUCUAAAUGACGAUGUGCUGGAUGAGGUGGGGGUCUGGUGGUGUGAACUCCAAACUGGCAAGAACAGCAGUGUGAAGAGCCAGCUCUUUGGCCAGCAGACACGCUCAGAGUGGUGCAUUCCAGUCAUCUCCACUGUGUUGGCACUGUGCAUUUUGUUUGUGUCCCUUGCAAGCAUUACCUGCUUUAACCUCCUCCAUCGGUCACCAGAUUCAGUCCCUCAGGAAACAUUGCCUUCACCUUCACAUGGUUCCAGAGACGGCUACACUGACGUUACCUACACUCAUCUGGAUUUUAAGAAAGCAUCGCAAAAUGGGAGAAGACAUGCAGAAAAGGGACGGAGGAGAGAAGAGGACAGAAUGGUGUACAGUGAAGUCAGAUAUAAUUGUUAAGGUUAAAUAAAUACGCGAAUACUGCCAAUACAAAUAUAAACAGAAAAAUGCUUCCUAAAUUAAAGAUGGUUUCAUUUAAAUAAAUAUGUAUAUUUUAUAGCGAUGAAUAUAAAUUAUGAAUGUAACUGUUUCUAGAGGAAUGUACAUGUGAUUGAUGUGUGUCUGUCUAUUGAAUAAAUAAUAAAUUUAUCGCUGCAUGGCUGUCCUAAA